AUGAUCGAAGAACAGGGAGUGGCCUACUUACCAAAAGGUUACACACUGACUGUUACAGCAGGCACAAUAAUUUACAAAUGGGCUGCUGUUGCUACUGAUGCUGAUGAUGAUGCUGGUGCUUCGCUAAUGAUUGCUUUGCACGAAGCACAAAGAGAAAAGGUUAGAAAAUUGGAAGGUGGCUUAGCUAGUCAAAUGUUGCGAUAUUAA